UGUGCAGGCAAAGCAAAAAAGAUUUUUCCUUUUCUGUUUCCGUCAGAGACCUUAAAAAAAGGCCGCUUGGCCUAUGCAUACAUAAUGGAUGGGGUGUUCUGACCUUGACCCCUCGCCCCACCGCGACGUGCUCCGCCCCGAUCACGACGGCCGCCGCCCUCCAUGGCUGCCGCCGCUACUUCGCUCCCCGCCCCACACAAAGCCGAGCCCUCCUCUCCCCGACACCACCACCCCAGCACUGAACAGCCAUGCAGAAAGCUGCGAGAUGGAGUCACAGGCAGUCGUCAUUGAUCCUGCUCUGCUUCGAACUCUAGAGGGUUUACUUCAGGAAAUGUAUGCAUCAUUACAACCAGAGCCAGUCGACUAUGAGCACCGAUAUCUUAUGAUCAAUGUCUUCAACAAAAUUGCUGAACAAAUUUUUGGUAAAAAGAAUGGGCUUCCAAUUGUGGAAGCAUUUGGAUCAUUCACAAUGGAUCUAUUUACUCCUAAAAGUGACCUUGACCUCUCUGUCAACUUUAAUACUGAUAUCAAGGAUCAGUUUACUCGCAAGGACAAGAUUUCUGCUAUUAGGAGGCUUUCCAAAGUUCUACAUUCUCAUCAGAGAUACGGUCGUUGUUAUGGGGUUUUACCUAUUGUAACUGCUCGAGUUCCUGUACUGAAGGUUAUUGAUCAGGGAACUGGCGUAGAGUGUGAUAUUUCAGUAGAAAACAAAGAUGGCAUGUCAAGAUCAAUGAUAUUUAAAUUUAUUGCAUCAAUUGAUGAAAGAUUUCGGAUACUGUGUUAUCUGAUGAAGGUCUGGGCUAAGGCACAUGACAUUAACAGCCCCAAAGAUCGAACAAUGAGCUCGAUGGCAAUUAUUUCUUUAGUUGCUUUCCAUUUACAGACCCGGCGUCCUCCAGUAUUACCUGCAUUUUCUGUCAUAUUGAAAGACGGUUCAGAUUUUGCUAGUGUGGAGAGGAACGUCUCGCUGUUUGAGGGUUUUGGGAGCAGAAAUAAAGAAUCUAUUGCUGAACUUUUUGUAUCACUAAUGAAUAAACUAGUUUCUGUGGAGGGUUUAUGGGAGCAAGGGCUCUGUGCCAGCAAUUUUGAAGGAUUAUGGAUCUCGAAGACCUGGGAAAGAGGUGUUGGCAACUUGAGUGUUGAGGACUUCUUGGACCGGUCUCAGAAUUUUGCCAGAUCGGUCGGGAAGGAGGAGAUGCAGAAAAUAUGUGAAUGCCUAAGGGUUACUGUUUCUAAUUUGAGCGAGUUCUUUAUGGGUAAAAUUGAUGCGCCCAAGCUAAAGGCCCGUUUGUUUGGGGCCCUUAACCAGGAUAAGCCAAUCACUAACAUCAGUCAAAAAAAUGCUAAAAGGAAGCGUGUUAAUCCGAAUAAGACAAGCACUAACCCUAGUAAGAAAAAUGAUAAGAGGAAGAACCUUGAUCAGGAUAAGCCAGUCACUUCUCCCGUUCAGAAAGAUGCUAAGAAGAAGAGCAACCUGGGACCUGACUCAGGAAAUAGUCAUGUGCAACCAAGGAAAGCGAAGCAUACUGUAAACACCGUCGGUGCUGCUAAUAUUCCUGUUUCUGGUUCACGGCCUCCUACUGUUUUUAUCCCUCCCCAAAUGCAUCGACCCGUCUUCACCCAACCAAGUACUCAGUAUGCACAUAUACCUCAGCAUCUGAUUACCCCUUCAGUGCUUGCCUAUGGGUUGCCACGACCGCAUUUGCAUUCAGCUUAUCAUCCUCAUCUGGGAUUGGUAGGUCAACCGCAGGGUAAUUUCAUUCAUUUAAAUCCUGGAAUGCAACUGCAGCAUCAAGGCCAAGUUAUGUUUGCUCCUCCAGCAGCCCACCGUCCAGUGAUUGAUGGGUUUCAGCCGUAUGGUAUCAAUGGUGCUCUGCAGAUGCAGCAUAACGAUCAUAGGCUUCUUCAGAGGCCACCAUCUGGAAUUGGUCCAGGUUUCUGGAGAUGACGGUUGCAGUUUGUAAAAGUAAGUAGCUAGUGGGGUUGAGGCAAAAGUUUAGUUUGUUGUGUACGUGGUGCGAUUCUAUUUGAUCUGUUGUAAAAAAGAAAUGUAACAUCAGAAAGGGAACUGUAGCAUCAUUUGAUUUAUAAGCUGCUGAUCGUACCAUCUAGUUUUA